AAAUCGUUCCGGCGACUAUUCUGUGAUCCUGCCAGAAAAUAUUGAUUUGAGCUUUGCUGAGUGUCACUGGCCGUAAGGAGCAGACAGCAAGCCACUACAGGAAUCCUCAGUGUCAAGAGAAAAUGAGCAGGCAGUUGUUGAAAGCAGCUGCCCCCGCUCUGUCUCGCAGUCUGAACAAUUAUGGAGCUCUAUCUACCAUUCCGGCAGCGUCUCCCAGCAACCGUCAGGUGUCAACAUCAAGUGCAGCGUCUGCCAGCCCUGCUGCAGAAUUUGUAGUUUCGAAGGUGGACGCGUUGGUGAACUGGGCGCGUGAGGGCUCUAUGUGGCCCAUGACCUUUGGACUUGCUUGCUGUGCAGUAGAGAUGAUGCACACCGGUGCCGCAAGAUAUGACCUGGAUCGCUUUGGAAUCAUCUUCCGGCCAAGUCCUCGGCAGAGUGACGUUAUGAUCGUUGCUGGGACGCUCACCAACAAGAUGGCGCCUGCCCUUCGCAAAGUGUAUGACCAGAUGCCUGAGCCACGAUGGGUGAUCAGCAUGGGCUCCUGUGCAAAUGGUGGGGGGUACUACCACUACUCCUACUCAGUGGUGCGGGGCUGCGACCGCAUUGUCCCAGUGGACAUCUACGUCCCAGGCUGCCCGCCAACUGCUGAGGCGCUGAUGUACGGGCUGCUGCAGCUUCAGAAGAAAAUAUCUAGGACCAAGAAGGUCGCCCUGGCAUUCCAGCGCUGAAUGGGGUCUUGGAAUAUUUUCAGGUCUUCUUCAAUUUGUUGCGUUGCAUAGUGUGUACACAUAUUGAAUGUGUAGGAUGCAGCGGGACAAGAGAGGACAAUUUUAAGCUGCUCUGGUUUGGGACUCUCUGCAUCUGUGGCGCGCAAGGACAUUGUUUUCCUUCUUACAUGAAGUGUUGCGUAGUGGGUUCUGCAGUUAUGAGCCCAUUGGUAUGUGGCAUUCACCAAAGGAGAUGGGUUUAGAUAUUAAAUGAGUGGUGCAUUUGACGGUCGUAUACUACAAAUGGUGAUUUAUUGGCCUGCUGGCUGCCCGAUUCUGGCAGUUCCAAUUUGAGCUGCGCCUUGCUUUGCUGCACUAGGUGAUAUUGUGUGCUCAGGGGUAACAUUUUUGAACAAGCAUCAUAUGAUAACCAAGAUGGUUAGGAAGAUCUCGAGUCUCUAGUGGAUUUGAUUAAGGGACUCCUUCCUUAGAGUAUGAGGAAUUUGCAACGAGCAACAGAAUUCGAGUACAGGUGUAAGGCGUAUAGGGAAGUCUCUGUAGAUCCACCAAUCACCGUAAUUGGCCUAGCCUAGAUU